AUGACCUGGGUUGCGGGGCACCGUGCAGUCCCCUUCGCCCCCUGCCUCACUUGCACACCCCAGGCCUGGCUGGACACAGGAGGGGACGAGGCAGGGUCCAGAGCGGCCCCCUGCCCGGGCCCUUCCGCCACGAGGCUGGACAACACGGUAGCUAGAACCCCUGGCCGGGUCCCCGUGGCCUCCAUCGCGGCAGCCCGCGCCUCGAUCUCGCGCCGGCCCCACCUCCUGCGGAGGCCCCGCCCCCGACGCCGGGCGCGCGCUGCUCAUAGGGCGGCGCCGGGAGGCUCCCGCGGCGUGUCUCUGUGGCGCAAUCGGUUAGCGCGUUCGGCUGUUAACCGAAAGGUUGGUGGUUCGAGCCCACCCAGGGACGUGCUUUUCCCUCCCGUGGAAACAAGAGGGCACCGCCCCGCUUUUUCCCUGACUCCGGGGUCGUCCGUCCCCACGCGCGCCCUGCUCUCCUGCUGUUUCCCGGGGACCGUAAGAGGAACGGACGGCGGAACCUUCCGACUCCGGGCUCCGCGCGCGCGCCGGGCGCCUUUGGGCGGAGGACCCGGACCCGGAGCGCUGGGGGGGACGGACCGGGGCGGUCAAUUGAAGCCCGGGUCAAGAUGGCGGCGCUGGGGCCCCGGGAGCGCGACGGCCGCUCGCGGAACAGGCGGCCCCGGGUCUCUCAUGCAGCCUGGACCCCUCCUCGGAUGCGGCGCCCGGAGGAAACGCAGGGGGUGGCUGUGUCCGGAAGCCCGGUGGGGACGUAAGCUCCCGGCCUGCUUCGUCUCCGGAUCCUCGGGCUGGGGUGAGUGCCGCAUCCGUGACUCCUGACCUCCUGUCGGGAGGCCUCAAGCGAGGGGUCUCAUGGAAACUCAGAGCUCCGACGGCCCUUCACCGGCGUCCAGCCCAACGCGCUAGGCCCAGAGUGGGCGAGGCACGUGUUGAAGGUCACACUGCAAGUUAGGGAACGGCUUGUGCAGACCGAAGAUGGAGCCCCCGGCCACCCAGCUCAGCGCCCACAGAACUCAUUUUUUACCUGUCGAGGGAAAGGAUUUGCACACACUCGUCCAGACUCCUGACCUCCUUGGGAUUCUGUCAGGGCAGGAGGCAGGCCCUUGCCACCGUCCUCGUGGGACCAGGGACACGACGGGAAGGAGCAGAGAGAGUUCUCUUGAGAGAAGGGCAUCUGGAAGCCAACAGGGAGGGGAUGGAUGUGGACAGAUUUUGGUUUUAUGUUUUGUUUUUUUUUAAUGCAAUUAUAUUGAGAUAUAGUCACACACCAGAUAGUCCACGCAAAGUAUGCAAUCAGUGGCUCACAAUGUCAUCAUAUGGUUGUGCAUUCAUCACC